UAUUUUAAUAUAUUUAUUUGUGGGUUUUGCUUUUUCUCCUUUUAUAUAACAACACAACAUCUCUUCCUUCAUACACUUCCCAGCAAUGGCUAACAUGGCACCUUCUCCUUCAAUUUUCCUCUUCCUUUCUCUAUUUGUCAUCACCUUCUCCCUCGCUAACUCUCAAUCUUUCGUAGGAGUAAACUAUGGCCAGGUUGCCGACAACCUUCCGCCGCCGGACUCCACGGCCUCGCUCCUCAAAUCCACCUCCAUUGGAAAAGUCCGCCUCUACGGUGCCGAUCCCGCAAUCAUCAAGGCCCUCGCCAAUUCCGGCAUCGGAAUCGUCGUCGGUGCCGCCAACGGCGACAUUCCGAGUCUGGCCUCCGAUCCCAAUGCGGCCACUCAGUGGGUUAACGCGAACGUGUUGCCCUACUACCCGGCCAGCAACAUCACUCUCAUCACCGUCGGCAACGAGAUUCUAACCUUGGCCGACCAGAGUCUUGCCUCCCAGCUCGUGCCGGCGAUGCAAAAUCUCCAGAAUGCCCUCAACGCGGCCUCUGUGAAGAUCAAGGUCUCCACUGUGCACUCCAUGGCCGUGUUGACUCAAUCGGAUCCGCCGUCGUCCGGGCUGUUCAACCCAGCGCUCCAGAACACGCUGAAGCAGUUGCUGACGGUUCUGAAGGAUAACAAAUCGCCGUUCACUAUUAACCCGUACCCGUUCUUCGCUUACCAGAGCGACCCGAGACCCGAAACGCUGGCGUUUUGCCUCUUCCAACCGAACUCGGGGCGGGUAGACUCCGGCAACGGAAAACUUUACACGAAUAUGUUCGAUGCCCAGGUUGACGCUGUACAUUCUGCUUUGACUUCGAUGGGGUUCCAGGACGUGGAGAUCGUGGUUGCUGAGACUGGAUGGCCCUCACGUGGUGACAGUAACGAAGUAGGACCUGGUCUUGAAAAUGCAAAGGCCUUUAACGGGAACCUGAUUAAUCAUCUUAGAUCAUUGGUUGGGACACCUUUGAUGCCUGGGAAGUCUGUGGACACUUACAUUUUUGCACUCUAUGAUGAGGAUCUCAAACCCGGUCCAGGAUCUGAACGCGCCUUUGGGUUGUUCAAAACUGAUGGUACCAUGGCAUACGAUGCUGGCUUAGCCAAGUCGAGCCAGCAGGCUCCAUCAACUAGUCCAAAAACUCCUGUUACUCCAGCACCCAACACUUCUGGAUGGUGUGUACCCAAAGCAGGAGUUUCUGAUAAUCAGUUGCAAGCCAAUAUUGACUACGCCUGUAGCCAUGGCAUAGAUUGUGGACCAAUUCAACCGGGAGGUGCUUGUUUUGAGCCUAACACAGUAGCAUCCCAUGCUGCAUUUGCGAUGAAUCUCUACUACCAAACAUCUGGCAAAAAUCAAUGGAACUGUGACUUCUCCCAAUCAGCAACACUGACAUCCCAAAAUCCAAGUUACAAUGCUUGCACAUACGUUGGUGGGAGCACCUGAAAUCAGAGGCUUCAGCUUUGUGUGAAGAAAUAAAUUAUGCGGAUGGAUGUGUAUUUAGAUUAAAUUAACGAAUAAGAGCGUAUGCUUUAAUUGUAUUUUGUUUAUAGCCUUUCAGUUUUAUAUAGCUUUAAUUUAUAGAGGCAUGCCCAUUCUGGUUUUUGUCUUUUGUCCACUUCUUAAAGUGGCAAUCAACAAUUGUUUCCUUCAAUUUUACUUCUCCCAUUUUUUCAA